UUGUCUCUUGAUGAUAUAAUUUGUAAUUCUUGUUACUGCAAGGUUGUUGAACAUGAUACAUACCAAAAAUAUAGAAAAGCUUCUCGUACAAAUGUUACUAAGUACGAUAAAACUUUUUCAGCACCAAAAUCAAAGAAAGCAUGCGUAACUAUGGACGUGGAUACCUACCAAAUGCUUGUACAGAAGAUAAAUUCGGUAGAACAACUUGAAUCGGAGUUAAAUGAAUUGAAAACUCAAUUAAAAAAUCAACAAAAUAUGUUAGCGAAUGAUAAUAUUGAAGAUGAAACAGAUUUUACACAAUCAAAUGAUAUUGAAUUAAAUGAAGCUGAAGAAAUACAAAAUAAUAUAAUAGUUGAUACUUUAUUACAACAAGCAUUUUCAG